GCACAUUGUUAAAUAAAAUUUUUAUUAUUCACUCAUCUAUCAAGCUAUUUCCUAAAUAAAAACGUACAACCAUCCUAAUCACUGAAAAUAUUUUAUUUUGUUAUAAAUUUAUUCCGUGAUAGUUAAAAAUUAGAUUGCAUCCAGCUAGUAAUUUACGAAACAAUUAUUUUGAUUUUUUUUUAGUUUUCUUGGAUGGUGAAGCAAUUGGUAGUCCCGAACUUGGAAGUCGAGUCACUUUACGUGGCUUUUUAAUAAGUUGACGGUAAUACUUAAUCAUUCGUACCUAUACAAAAGUAUUAUGGGAAUGAGGAAAACAUCUAAGGAUUUAAACAACAAAAGAGCUUACCUUAAAAUUUUUCACUAUUUCGAUGACAUUUCCGAUUUGCAACAAGCCCUAGAAAAUGAUACUCACGCCCUGUUCAAAAUGAUCAAGUCAAUCAGCGAUUUAAAAAAAAAUAUCGGAACUAUAAGCACUUACCAAAUACCAAAAUAGCAAAUGAUUGCAAUUGUGAGGUAUUCUCAUCAUCAGAUUGAUGUACUCGUUGAUAGUAUAAUGAUACCAUCAUUGCUAUGAUUAAUAGAGAAAUAGAAUUAGCUAGGUAUCAU